UAUUAUUUAUUCAAUUUAUUAUGUGUAAUAGAUUAUAUGUGACGCAAAAAUUUACAGGAAAAUGAUGUAAAUAGUAGCGGAUCUUUCAAAUAAAUAAUAGUUAAUCGUCAUGUUAUCAUAAUGGAAGCCCAUCAGAUUCUCAUAUUAAUCGCUCUUGCUCAUUUCUCGUUGUUCUUCUUCAAUACAAUUUUCGUGUCGUGUAUGCAUGUACCUUAUCUUAAUCUAUUAAAGAAAAUUGGUUUGGAAAUUCAGUUAUUGCGUUUAAAAUGGUUUACAACAAUCUUCAAUCGCUCUUUGAUGAAAUGGGGAUUAAACCGCUCAAAAUUCUGGUCCCUAUGGUACAAUGCAGGAUUAAUUGCAACAAUUAUACUCUUUCCUAUAUCUAUGGUAGUUAUUUUAAAAAUGACAUUCAAUAUUUGGCUGUUUAAUUCAUCAUCAUCUAAUGAAAAUAAUGAACAAGUAUUAGAACUAAUGAUUCCAGGAGUUGAUAUUCCUUACAAUGAAAUAGGAUAUUAUAUACUUUCACUCAUUUUAUGCAGCAUUGUUCAUGAAUUUGGCCAUGCAAUGGCAGCUGUAAGAGAAGAUGUCCGUUUAUUUGGAAUAGGAGCAAUAAUAUUUUUUAUCAUACCAGUCGCUUUUAUUCAAAUAAGCGAUGAGCAACUUGAUUUAUUGCCAUUCAAAAAUCGUUUGAGAAUUUUAUGUGCUGGGAUAUGGCACAAUAUUGUUCUUGCUGUAUUAGCUAUAACAGUUUUAGGAUCUGUUACGUUCUUUUUUUCAUUAUUUUUUAUUAAAAAUUCAGGUGUCUUUGUGAAAAAUAUAUCGCCAAAUUCACCAUUGCUAGGACCAUCAGGACUAUCAACAGGAGAUGUAGUUUAUAAAAUAAAUGACUGUAUUGUUAGAAAUUCAACAAACUGGCGAACUUGCAUUUUACAGGCAACUAAGACUUCAACUCCUGGUUAUUGUGUAACAGAUAAAAUGGUUAAGGAACUCGAUAAGUCUUUCUUAAUUCAGCACAAAAAUACUGAUGUUCAUAAUUGUUGUGAUCAACAUAGCAAAGAUAAAGGUUAUCUGUGUUUUGAACAUUUGGAAGGAUUCGAUAUUCAAACAUCUCGAGCCUCUACACACUAUUGUCUUCCCACCAGAGCUAUUGUCGAAAGCUCCCACAAUUUGUGUCAAAACAAUGACCAAUGUUUUAUGCUUAACGAUUUAUGUAUGAAGCCUACGCUGGAUAAUAUGACAAAAAUAGUUCAAUUACAAAGGUAUGGACAUAAGGAUGUAUUAUUUUUUGGAUAUCCAUCAGAAAUAUAUUACACAACAGAAUUAAGUAAUUGGGUACCAAGAUUUUCAUUUUUAAGUCCAAAUUUUCCAGAAGCUUUAAUUCUCUUUUGCAAAUAUAUCGCAGUUUUCUCAUCGGGGUUAGCAAUUAUUAAUGCUUUACCAUGCUUUUAUUUUGAUGGUGAACGCAUUACCGCAAUUUUGACAGAUGCAUUGUUAAAAAAUAAAAUACAUGAACAAAAUGUACGCAAAAUAAUUGCUUCAAUUAUUACAAGUACGUUUACAUUGCUCCUUGGACUUAACUUGAUAAAUAUGUACCUGAAUAAAACUUAAAAUGAAAGUCUUUU